GAAUAUUGAGCCUUCAUUUUGUUGUUAGUCUGUCCGAUUAGUACUGUAUUCGUAUUGUCAUCUUUAAUAACAUCAUAUCAUAUUCACAACGAAACCAUGUCGGAUGAAGACAUUUCAGGGGGUGAGAUGGAAGGUGAAAUAAUAGAAAAUGAAACAGGCACAGGUACAAACAGCAAGAGAAAGAAACUAUGGAACAGUUUUAAGAAGAAAACUAAACCCAAGCGAUGGAGCAGCAAAGAGAAACAUAAAAAUAACGGUGACCCAAGAAUGGCUAUGAGCCAACCCGAUAUAAACAACGAGGCUAACAUGGACGAUGUGGAUCGAUCAGAAUUUGAUUCGCUAUUUGAAGCAGCCAAGUCCAGACGUGACGACAAAAUGGGGUUCAGCGAUUCCGAUCUUCCAAACCUAAAAGACCGCAGUGAACUCAAUGGUACUGAAAAUAUGGAACGCCCAAAAAGUUUGUCGCUGGAAGAAGGGGCACCCAGCAGUCCAACCACUACCAGUCCUACAGAGAGUGUCAAAUCUAGUGGCAAUCAGUUUGCCUUCUACGUAUUAGAAGUUGUCUUAAAAGAAGGCAAAGACCUGGCUGUUAGAGAUAAAUCAGGUUUAUUUUAA